UCGUCAAAGUUCAGUCGCGCUCGCGCUCUUGCCGCCAACAGAUCGCCCAUUUCGUCGACAGUGAAGGUGUAGGUACUACAAUAAGUGGGCCGCUUCCUAACAGAGAAAUCGGCCGUGGCCGGUACACAUAACACAUUUCACCGAGCCGGAGUCGCGCGUACAUGCUUUGGGCUCAGAGGCGCGAAGAGCACACAUCUCGAGAGACCGGCUUGCCGAUUUUCAGUAGGAGAUUUUCGAAAAAAGAUACUUGCCGAUCUUUUGGCUCCUACCUGCUGCGAAGAUGGCCAUAGAAGAUGGAGUUGUCUCGAAAAUGUCCUAUCCAAAGUCGGUAUUUUUCAUCGUCAGUAAUGAAUUUUGUGAAAGAUUCUCUUUUUACGGACUCAGAACAAUUUUACCUCUCUAUUUCACGAAUAUAUUGCUAUUCUCCCAAAAUGAGGCAACAGUAUUGUACCACGUAUUUGUUAUGAUGGCGUAUUUCUUCCCACUAUUGGGAGGGAUAAUCUCCGACUCUUGGCUAGGAAAAUACCGAACGAUCCUUUACCUGAGCAUCGUUUAUGCUUUGGGCCAACUUUUGCUAUCCGCUAGCUCAGUACCACCACUGCACCUACCUGUCACGUUGGUGUCUUUCGUGGGACUUCUUCUGAUAGCCUUAGGCACGGGUGGAAUAAAGCCCUGCGUCUCAUCCUUUGGCGGCGACCAGUUCAAAUUGCCUCAGCAAGAAAAGUACAUGUCAACAUUUUUCUCUCUCUUUUACUUCGCAAUAAACGCUGGCUCUCUGAUCUCGACGAUAAUUACUCCAAUUCUAAGAGAAGACUUCAAAUGUUACGGCCAACAGACCUGCUUUCCUUUGGCCUUCUUUGUACCUGCUAUUCUUAUGGUAGUUUCCGUAGUCAUAUUUUUUGCUGGUAAAAAUUUCUAUACGCGCAAGCAACCGGAAGGAAAUAUCUUCGUCAGAGUAAUAGGAUGUAUUUGUCACGCCAUAGGUCGCAAGAUAAGUUCCAAAGAAAAAUGCGACCACUGGCUCGACCUUGCCGAGGACAAGUACGACAGGCGAUUCCUCGACGACGUCAAGUCUGUCCUCAAGGUGCUGACCCUUUUCAUUCCUCUGCCAUUUUUCUGGGCCCUGUACGACCAACAAGGCUCGCGAUGGACCUUCCAGGCAGUCAACAUGAACGGAAAUGUCUUCGGUUACCACAUCAAGGCCGACCAGUUCCAAGUCGUCAAUCCACUGUUCAUCCUCAUCUUCAUCCCGAUCUUCAAGAUAGCGAUUUACCCAAUUAUGGAGAAGUUCUUUUUCAUCAACACGCCCCUGAAGAAGCUCACCGUCGGCGGUUUCUUCACUGCCGUUUCUUUCCUCAUUUCGGCCCUGGUGGAGCUGAACAUCGAGUCCACGUACAUCGCCAAGCCACAAACCGGCAUGGCCCAGCUCAGGCUCUUCAAUACCCUCAACUGCCCAGUCGGUAUGUCCAUUGGCCAGGACCAGUUCGUCCUCGAAUCCCUGGACAUGUACCAAAACUUGAGCAUCCCACUCGAAGACGACGUCACCGUUGGUUACCACGCCACUUUCAAAGAUUGCACGUCAGCCUCAAACAGCGAAGCCUCGGGUACCAUUGAGCUCAAGAACGGGGAGGCCACGACAGUCGCCCUUUUGCCCAGUGGGAAGAUGUUCACCCUCGGGUACAACGACGAGAUCUCCAAGUCGUCUUCCGGCUACCCCAAAGUGCGCACGGCCAUUUUCCUGGGCAGCGAUUCUCCGAAAAACGCCACCCUCACACUCAAGGGCGACAUGAGCUACGACUUCGCUUUGACGAGUACCUUCAACGUGACGAAGUUCAGAGACAUCAGGCACCACAGCUACGACGUGUACUUUGACGACAACUUGGUCUUGAAGGACGUGACUAUGGAAAAUGGGGCCGUGUUCACGAUUGUGGGCAGCAAAAUGGGGGAGGAACCGGCGGCUCUGAGGGUAGUGCAGCUGGCUGAGCCCAACACGGUGCACAUGCUUUGGCUGCUGCCCCAGUACGUGGUAAUAACUAUGGGCGAGAUCAUGUUUUCCAUUACGGGACUCGAGUUCGCGUUCACCCAGGCCCCCGCGAGUAUGAAGGCUCUGUUAACUGCUGGAUGGCUGCUCACCGUCGCCUUUGGCAACCUGAUAGUCGUAGUCAUUGCCAAACUUCAUUUCUUUGACAGACAGGUUUUCGAGUUUCUCUUGUUUGCCAUACUCAUGUUCAUCGACAUAACCAUUUUCGCGGUGAUGGCAAUGUUCUACAAGUACGCGGAUGUCUCCUCGUCCACCGACAACUCCACUAGCGAGGAAGUGGACAUGGAACCAAGGAAGGGGACUUACAAUGGCUCGUACAAAUCCGAUGAUUAUUAGACUAACAUUAUAGUUAGAGAGAGAAACACUGUGGGCACAUAUAAUUUUUCUUAAACGAGAAUUUCAUUGGAAACGUUACGAGAAUACAAAAAUUAUGUGUAGAAAAAGAAGACUGUUAGUCCAAACCAAAUACUUGUAUGACUGUGGUAUUGUGAAACGUAUAAAUAUGCACGUAAAGGUUUAUUUUAUUUCCUUUAAUUAGCUUUUUAUACACUGUUCAUUGCAGUAAAAAAAAAAAAAAAAAAAAAAAA